CGAGGCGAGCCGAGCCGAACCGAGCGCUGCGAUGAAGCACGUCCAAUAACCGACGAGUGCUCGUGUGCCAAGCGGGAUAUUUUCUUCCCCCCUUUCUUCCCCCCCACCAUCCGUAACAAGUAUGUACCGCUCAACUAAAGGAGCCUCCAAGGCCAGACGGGACCAGAUCAACGCCGAGAUCCGCAACCUGAAGGACCUGUUGCCCAUCUCCGACGCGGACAAAGCCAAGCUAUCCUACCUUCACAUCAUGUCGAUGGCGUGCAUGUACACCAGGAAAUCCGUCUUCUUCUCAUCGCCGGAGGCGGGAAGCGCAUCAGUGGAGCCGAGCGCCCGCUUCCUGUCCAUGCCCGAGCUGUCCGACCUGAUGCAGGCCAUACCGGGCUUCCUCAUGCUGCUCACAGCCGAGGGGAAGCUGCUCUACCUGUCCGACACAGUCUCCGACCACCUGGGCCACUCCAUGGUGGACCUGGUGGCACAGGGAGACAGCGUGUAUGACAUCAUUGAUGCUUCAGAUCAGAUGACUGUCAGAAAUAAUCUGUCCAGCACAGCCUCCCCCGAGAUGGAUCGCCUGUUCCGGUGCCACUUCAACACCUCCAAGUCGGUGCGCAGGCAGAGCGCCGGGAACAAGUUGGUUCUGAUCCGAGCUCGUUGCCUCUCUGCGCCCUCCGCUUCGCCAACCACCAGCGCGACGCCCGGAUCCUACUGGACCUCUAAUCCGGUCUGGGUGUGUUUCUGCUCCCCUUUGGAGAGCCAUCCUGCCCGCUGCGGACCAGAAAGCACAUCUGGUGCUCCUCCUCUGGCCGACACCAACCUGUUCCUGGAAGGGUUUCACUCCCAGCACGGGCGCGACAUGAGGCUGCGCGCUGCACAUGACACUGUGCACUCUUAUCUGGGCUACGACGUGGCCACGUUAUGCUCCUGCUCCUGGUACAGCCUCCUCCACCCGCACGAUCUGUCACACGCCUCCGCUCAGCACCGAAGCCUGCUGCGAGAGGGAGGAGAAGGCCGAGCAGAGAUGGUGGUUCGCCUGCAAGCUCGGGACCAGACGUGGGUUUGGCUCUACAUGGUGCUCCAGCUGCAGCCCGGAGACGUCCCCAUCAGCAGCAGCAACUACGUCAUCAGUGAGUCGGAGGCCUGGUCAGUGCGUCAACAGAUGAGCUCCGAGCAGACUCAGCUCAGCCUAGUCCUGAGCUCCGGCCCCUCCCAGCAGGAAAGUCUCCAGUCCCCCGACACCCUGUCCAGCCCCGACCAGGUGUUCACGCCCAGCAGCAGCGGCCUGUCGGGCCAGUCCUUCGACUUCAGUACGGCGGGCUGUAGCGUGGCCUCCUCCGACGAACGAGCGAGCUCCGCGACAGAGGCCAUGCAGGUGGAGGGGGAGCCUCGCUCCAGCAUCUCGUCCCUGGAGGAGGAGGUCUUUUUCCAGCCGCCUCCGGUGCGCAGCCCCUCGGCGGCGCCCUCUCCGACUCCAGUCACGGUGGAGACGGUGUCCGAUUUGGACUUUUUAACCCAGAACAUUCUCAUGCCACCCUCGUUCGAGCUGGACCCCCCUCUGCCGGCUCUUCCCCUGCCGCUCCCACCCGUGCCCACCUCGCAAACUCAGCAGACCAAAGAGUUUGUGUGCACGCCUCCUUACACCCCCCACAUUGGAGGGGCUAGCUUCCCGUUCGGGGAACCCCUCUUCAGCUUCGACCCCACCGGCACCACCACGCCUCCCCCUUCCGCCACCACGUCCACGGCCACCACCUCCAUGGCCGCUUCGGCUUCCUCCGCGGCCCCGCCCACCACCACCGCCUCCAGCCCCACACCGCCGACCAACCUGUCCACCAAGCUCCCCCUGAGCCUUCCCAACCUGUCCACUGAACUUCUCUUCGCAGUGGAUCCCUGCUGCGGAGCCCUGUACGAGAAACUGCCCCCCACGCCAGACAGCCCGGGGGACGGCGACUGCACGGUGAUGACCCUACCCGAGGUUCGGGGUCCGCUCUACGUUGACGUGCCCUUGGGGCCUCUUCAGUGUCCACCCGAGGGGCUCCUCACCCCCGAGGCGUCCCCUGGAAAACAACCUUGCCUCUCUUUCUUCUCCCUGGAGAGAGAGCGGGAGAAGGAGAGGGCGGAGAUCUCCCUGCUGGCCCAGCACAUCAGCUCCCUGGCCGAGGGGUUCUACCUGGACCCCCUCCUGUCCAAGCUAUCCCCUCCGUCCAUGUCCCCCUUGUCCAACCCUCCGUCUCCCUUCCAACCUCCUGCCGAGAUGCUUCGCGAAUUUUAUCCCAUCAAAGCGUGGCGAGGCCUGGACAUUCCCGUGUUCCUGGAGGACGACACCUCUCUGUUUGAAGAGAGCAUCCUGGACGCCCUCCUCCAAGACGUGCCCCCUCGGUCCCCCUCACCGAUCCCCAACCCGGACCCAUCGAGCCCGGCGUCUCCUCAGACACCAGUGUGCUGGCACCAAGCCUCCCAGUUUGGGGGAGCGGGCCAAUUCUGUAGCGUCCAAUCGGCGCAACCUAACUCGGCGGACGGGUGCGGGGAGACCGACGAGGCCGCAAUGGAGGAGGAGAUGACGGAGGAAGCCAUGGAAAUGGAGGUGGCGUCAUCUCCCAUGACCUCGUGCUCCUCCAUACCGGCUUCUCCUCCGCUCAUCCUCACCGCCUCGCCGGGCCCCACUACUGCUGCCUCUACCACGCCGGUCGUCUCCCCCGCACCCACCGCCUCCUGCGCUCAGUCCCUCCUGGAGGAACUGGCCGUGCUGGAGCCCAUGUUUGGGGCAGGUGCCUCGAUCGCCCCUGGUUUAGGGCAACAACCUGAGUUGUAUCAACUCCAGUGUCAUCCAUCGCCACAGUGCUUCCACAAAGAUGGGAGUGGAAGCAUCCCUCCGUUCUAAAAUAAGUCUGUGACUUACUUCAUCAAGUAUGGCAUAUUGUUAUAUUUUGUGGAGACACACUUUUACUGCAAAGUAAAACAUAUUUAAGUGUAUAAAUAUACAUAAUGUAUAAAGGACUGAUGCCUACAUGUCUCUUCCGAGAACAAAAAAUGGGCUUUCUAUUUUUUGUUCCAUCAUUAAGCUGUAUUCUAUUAAACCUGGUGCAACAUUUAAAACAACAUGGACGCCCGACUGACUGAGUCCUGAGUCCAUGUGUUGUCCCCCGCUUCAGAUGCGCCAUCUGAACCCGUUAAGCGUUGUUUAACUUACAGACAUGCAUUUGUAUUCACUCGUAGUGAAAAAAUAUCUGUUGUGAACGUGGACAAAAACAAACAAAAAAAGCUUUUUUAAUAUAGAGUUGAUUUAUGACUUCUAGCACUUUUUUGCCUGACGCAAACUCAAAACUCAAAAGUUACUCGAGUGUGAUAUUUACACACAUUUUUAAUUGAAAGCACACUCCUAAACUCUACUAAGCUUUUGUAUUCUGAGUUUGCGGCUUGAAAACCUUUAACAUUCCAUAUCUGUCUGUCCAUCUGAACUUACGUUGACCUGUGUGAUGUGCAACAAACAAACAGAAAAAAAAAAGCAUGUAAAGAGAUGCUGGCUUAUGCCACCUAUGCGCUCUUUCGUUGUACUGUAUAUUGUAUUUAGACUCUGA